CAGUGGAGGGAGAUGAGGCAGAGACAGGUCACGGAAGAAAGCCCUGGAUUUGUAACCUCGCCAUUGUCCUUCCACUUCCCACCUGCCUCCUGCCAGAGCCGAGCACCCACGGGUCCUCAGGGUGCUGUCACCUUCCCUGCUUUGAGGUGUCACCUCCUGUCCUCGCCAUGCGGACCCCGCGAGCGCCCCCUCCCCGCCUGGCCCUACUGCUCCUGCUGCUGCUGCUAGGGGGCGCCCACGGACUCUUCCCUGAGGAGCCGCCGCCGCUCAGCGUGGCCCCCAGGGACUACCUGAGCCACUACCCUGUGUUCGUGGGCAGCGGGCCGGGACGCCUGACCCCCGCAGAGGGCGCUGAGGACCUCAACAUCCAGCGGGUCCUGCGGGUCAACAGGACGCUGUUCAUUGGGGACAGGGACAACCUGUACCGGGUAGAGCUGGAGCCCCCCACCUCCACGGAGCUUCGGUACCAGCGGCUCCCUGUGCCCCCAGAAGCUGACCUGGCGCUCCAACCCCAGCGACAUCAAUGUGUGUCGGAUGAAGGGCAAGCAGGAGGGCGAGUGUCGAAACUUUGUAAAGGUGUUGCUCCUGCGGGACGAGUCCACCCUCUUUGUGUGCGGUUCCAACGCCUUCAACCCCCUGUGCGCCAACUACAGUACACACUACAGCCCCUCGGGGACAACAUCAGUGGCAUGGCCCGCUGCCCGUACGACCCCAAACACGCCAACGUCGCCCUCUUCUCUGAAGGAAUGCUCUUCACAGCCACCGUGACCGACUUCCUAGCCAUCGAUGCUGUCAUCUACCGCAGCCUUGGAGACAGACCCACGCUGCGCACCGUGAAACACGACUCCAAGUGGUUUAAAGAGCCCUACUUUGUGCAUGCGGUGGAGUGGGGCAGCCACAUCUACUUCUUCUUCCGGGAGAUCGCAAUGGAGUUUAACUACCUGGAGAAGGUGGUGGUGUCCCGCGUGGCCCGGGUGUGCAAGAAUGAUGUGGGGGGCUCCCCGCGCGUGCUGGAGAAGCAGUGGACGUCCUUCCUGAAGGCGCGGCUCAACUGCUCUGUGCCCGGGGACUCCCACUUCUACUUCAAUGUGAUGCAGGCCGUCACGGGUGUGGUCAGCCUGGGGGGCCGGCCCAUAGUCCUUGCCAUUUUCUCCACCCCCAGCAACAGCAUCCCCGGCUCUGCCGUCUGCGCCUUUGACAUGACACAGGUGGCAGCUGUGUUUGAAGGCCGCUUUCGAGAGCAGAAGUCCCCGGAGUCCAUCUGGACACCUGUGCCCGAGGAUCAGGUGCCUCGGCCCCGGCCUGGGUGCUGUGCAGCUCCCGGCAUGCAGUACAACGCCUCCAGCGCCUUCCCUGAUGAGAUCCUCAACUUCGUCAAGACCCACCCCCUGAUGGACGAGGCGGUGCCCUCACUGGGCCAUGCGCCCUGGAUAGUACGAACUCUGACACGGCACCAGCUGACUCGAGUGGCUGUGGAUGUGGGCGCCGGCCCCUGGGGCAACCAGACCGUCGUCUUCCUGGGCUCCGAGGCGGGCACCAUCCUCAAGUUCCUGGUCUGGCCCAACGCCAGUGUCUUGGGCACCUCUGGGCCCAGUGUCUUCCUCGAGGAGUUCGAGACCUACCGGCCAGACAGGUGUGGCCGGCCAGGUGGCAGUGCGACGGGGCAGCGGCUGCUGGGCCUGGAGUUGGAUGUGGCCUCAGGAGGCCUGCUGGCGGCCUUCCCCCACUGUGUGGUCCGUGUGCCCGUGGCCCGCUGCCAGCAGUACUCAGGGUGCAUGAAGAACUGCAUUGGCAGUCAGGACCCCUACUGCGGGUGGGCCCCCGAUGGUUCCUGCAUCUUCCUCAGCCCUGGCACCAGGGCCACCUUUGAGCAGGACGUGUCCGGGGCCAGCACCUCAGGCUUAGGGGACUGCACAGGUAAGUGGGGGAACGGGAGACCUGGGGACCCUCCCCUGGGGUCCUCAUGCCCUUCGCAGCCCAUGUCCAGGUGGGGGGCACGGACUAGCUUUGGAAGGUCAGGGGGUCUCACUCCCGGGUAGAGAGGUAGGUGAGGAACAGAGAGGCCCAGAGACAGACAGACAGACGGGUGAACCGAGGGGACAGAGAUGCCCGGGGACAGACAGAGGCCCGGACAGGCAGACAGAGGCUGGAGACGGAUGCCAAGUGACAGAGAUGCCACAGGACAAGCAGAUGAACAGAGUCUGCGAGGACAGACAGGCCCCAGGGAAACAGAGGCGCCGCGAGGCAGG